GGAGCCCAAAGGUAGUGGCAUUUACGCGUCAGUGAGAGAGUAUAGUAUAAAAACGAUCUGGAUCUCAAGAAGUAGAGUAGGAUCACUCUCUCCAUCGAAAAUAUCUUCCCCCAUCUCUCAGUUUCUCCGGAUCCAGCGACAAUGGAGGUGUUCUACUACGUGGUGUUCGGGGUCCUAGGCAUCGUUGUGGCGGCGUUGGAGCUGAGCAAGAACAAUAAGGAUCGGAUCAACACUUCUUCCGCUUUCACUUCUUUCAAGAACAACUACCUCGUCGUUUACUCGCUCAUGAUGGCGGGUGACUGGUUGCAGGGUCCAUAUGUGUACUAUCUUUACAGUACUUAUGGGUUCAGCAAAGGGGAUAUUGGGCAGCUUUUCAUUGCUGGUUUUGGUUCCUCUAUGCUCUUUGGUACUAUCGUUGGAUCUCUUGCCGACAAACAGGGUCGUAAGAGAGCGUGUGUUACUUACUGUAUUACCUACAUAUUGAGCUGUAUCACCAAGCAUUCUCCUCAAUACAAGGUUUUGAUGGUGGGCCGUGUGCUGGGAGGCAUUGCUACUUCCCUUCUCUUUUCAUCAUUCGAAUCAUGGCUUGUCGCUGAGCACAAUAAGAGGGGCUUUGAGCAGCAAUGGCUGUCCCUGACAUUUUCAAAGGCUGUGUUUUUUGGAAAUGGUCUUGUUGCUAUUAUCGCUGGAUUGUUUGGGAACUUGCUUGUGCAUUCCUUCUCUCUUGGCCCUGUUGCUCCAUUUGACGCUGCUGCAUGCUUUCUUGCCAUUGGAAUGGCUGUCAUUCUAUCUUCAUGGUCAGAAAACUAUGGUGAUCCUUCUGACAACAAGGACUUGAUUACUCAGUUUAGAGGUGCUGCAGUCGCCAUUGCAUCAGAUGAAAAGAUUGCACUUUUGGGUGCCAUCCAGUCGCUUUUUGAAGGAUCUAUGUAUACUUUUGUAUUCCUGUGGACUCCUGCUCUAAGCCCCAACGAUGAGGAGAUUCCCCAUGGUUUCAUUUUUGCUACAUUUAUGCUUGCUUCGAUGCUCGGUAGUUCCCUUGCUUCUCGUUUAUUGUCACGCUCAUCUCCCAAAGUAGAAAGCUACAUGCAGAUCGUCUUCCUAGUUUCUGCUGCCUCACUAUUGCUUCCAAUUAUAAUGGCUUCGUUGGUAGCACCUUCCAAAGUAAAGGGUGGAGGGAUCUCUUUCUCUGGUUGCUUUCAGCUUCUUGGGUUCUGUAUCUUUGAGGCGUGUGUAGGACUGUUUUGGCCAUCCAUAAUGAAGAUGAGAUCCCAAUACAUCCCUGAGGAAGCCAGAAGCACAAUCAUGAACUUUUUCCGGAUUCCUCUGAACAUCUUUGUCUGUGUUGUCUUGUACAAUGUGAAUGCGUUCCCAAUCACAGUCAUGUUUGGAAUGUGCUCUAUCUUCCUCUUUGUUGCUAGUCUCCUGCAAAGAAGGCUCAUGAUGAUUGUUGACAAGCCAAAGACAAAUGAUUGGACACCUCUUAAUGAAAGAAACACAGAAGAUGAUCCUCUCAACGUUUGAUGAAUAAACUAUACAUUAUGCACAUUCUGGAUUCAAUAAUGGAGACAGAUAGAAGACAAGGAAAACUUUCAAGGUUGUUUCUUAUGGCAAUAUAGCAUAUGCAACAAUUCGAACAGAAAGUUCAUAGCAGUGAAGUUUGAUUAUUUAAUUUUCUCGGCUAUUAUUUAUUGUUGUUGUUAGAAUUUAUAGACACGUUUAUUUUUGUAUGCAAUCAAUGAGGCAUUGCUUCUACCAUUAUGUUUGAGCUCCGUUUCUUC